AUGAAAAUGACAAAUUAUAUACUACAUUUUAUACAGAAAUGUAUAUAUUCUAGUAGUUUAAAACAUAAUUCUAUUAAAUACAUUGCAUUAAUGCACUCUAGCAGACAGUAUUCUUCUGCAUUACUUGUUUCAAGUGUUAAAGGCAAAGAAUAUUUUUCAUUUUUAAGACCAUAUAUAGAUUUAGAUGAGAAAUUAAUAGAUGUUGAUAGAGUACAAAAAGAUCUUACAGCUAGAGGAUUAAAUUUGAAUGUUAAAGAAAUUAAAAGUAUAUGGGAAUUUUAUAAAUCAGUAAAUGAAGAUAAACAUAAAUUACAAUUAAAAAAUGAAAAAAUAUCAAAUAAAUUAAAUUUGUUACAUGAAAAGAAAAAUUUAACUGCAGAAGAACAAACAGAAAUUGCAAAAUUAAAAAUACAAAUUAAAGCAUUAAAACAUGAUUUAAUUAAAAUAAAAAAUGCUCUUAAGGAUUUAAAUGAAAGUAUUUUAGAAAAAUUAUUUCAAUUACCAAAUGAAGUAGAUGGAAGAACACCAAUUCAAGGUCCUGUUAUAUUGAAACGUGUUAAUUCUUUGAAAGAACAUCCAAAUUCAGAAAAAAAAAAUCACAUUGAAAUUGGAAGACGUCUUGGUUUAUUGGAAUAUAAAAAUCCUAUGCAAUAUUAUUUAUGCAAUGAUGCAGCUCUUUUUGAACUUGGGGUAUUAAAUUAUGCUGGAAAAAUAUUUAGUGCAAAUAAUAUGAUUAGAGUAGCAGGUGCAGAUUUCAGUCGAAGUUUGGUAAUAGAUGGCUCUGGUUUGAAUCACGAAGAUCCUACAGAUGCUUUUAUAAUAAGCAAUCAUAGCGAAGUAAAUGAAGAUUCUCCUAAUCGUAUGCAUCUUGUAGGAGGUGCAAGUUUAAUUUCAUUUUUGGCAAUGCAUGCAAAGCAACUGAUAAAUCCAAAUCAUUUUCCAGUAACAUAUUUUUCAACUGGUAGACAAUAUACUCCUUUUCGAUCAGGAUCCAAUCCAAUUGGUUUGUUUACUGUUUGUCAAGCUUCAGUUGCAAUUGCUUUUAUAUUAGUCAAAGAUGGAAAAAGUGAAGAAUAUAGUACGCAAUUUGAAAAAUUGUUAAAUAUUGCAUGUAAAUUAUAUGAUAAUGUGUGUGAUCAUUAUCAAAUUGUUAUGAGGCCUGCUUCAGAAUUACGACCUUGGGAAGCAAUGCGCGUAUCAUUUGAAUUGUGGUCUCCAUUUUCGAAACAAUAUAUAGAAGUUGGUCAUAUAUCUACAUAUGGUGAAUAUUUUAGCAAAAGAUUGCUAAUUAUAUAUCAGAUACCAGAUGGACAAAGUUUCCCUUCUGUGAUAUCCGGCACAAUUUUGUCGGUACCACGCUUGUUAGGAUGCUUGUUAGAACAAAAUCCAGAUAAAUUCGUUGUCCCACCGAAAAUAUUAGAACAUAUGCCUAUAGAUAAUAUUUAAGUUUAGAAACAAAUUUGAAAAUUAAUUUAAUUAUAACAAUAAGAUGAUUUUUAUAUUGUAUAUAUAUAUUUCGAUAUAUAUAUUUUGAGUGUAUAUUUUUCAUUUCUACUAUGUUUAUUGAUAAAACAUUGUUUAUAUACUUUACUAAAGAAUAAAUAUAUUUAACAUUGUAAAUAGAUAAAAAAAAUGUUUUUACUAAUAUAUAAUACAUUUAUUUAAACAUUUAAUAUAUUUAAAUAUGUUUCUAUCGGAUAUUUAUUUUUACAUUUAUAUAUAUAUAUAUAUAUAUAUAUAUAUAUAUAUAUAAUAUAUAAAUAUAAUAUAUAUUUAUUUAAAAAUCAUAUAUACAUAUGGUUAAAAUGAAUAUCAAAAAUUGAUAUGUUUUUGUCUAUUGUUUUCACAAUUUAGAAUUUUCUUGUUUCUUUUCAAGAGCUGAGAGAUUAAUAUACACACAUGACUUUAGAAUUUGGAGAAUUACCGGUUCGAAUACGGAAAAUCGUUUAUUAUACAUUAGCUUCAUCAGAUCAAAGAGUUUGGGCAAAAUUUAUAUUUCCUGGUUUACAAAAUUUUUUGAUGCGCUCAUUUUAUACUUCUUUGCCAAUGGCACCAGCAUUUCUACUGACAUUUUGGUUAAUGAAAUGGAGCCCGGAAGAACAUAGAAGAUCAAAAAGAAAAGAUCCAAAUUUAUAUUUAUAAAAUAACAUAAAAUAAUUUUGAAGAUUAUAAUGGAGCAAUAAUUAUUUAUGUUUUCAUUCUAUUACAUUGUUACUUAAAUUAUACUUACUUUUAAUUAAAUCAAAGUUAAAAUAAAAAGUACAUUCAAAAAUACUUUAGAUUAUAUAUAUUUUAGAUAUAAUAGAUUAAUAAUAAUUGAAGAAUUUUUU